AUGGUCAUUCAUUGCAGGGCUGUAGACAGGGGCAGACUCGGGAGGCUGGCGAUGGACCUUUAUGCAGAUGAGUGUCAUUGCCUCUGGGAGCUCAUCCAGAACGCCGACGACAACAAGUGCGCAAGUGUUCGCUCGAAAUACUGUGGGCAUAUGGUGACUGCCGGGCCAAGAUUGGCAGUCCUCUAUCUGCGUUUUGGUCGAGCGGUGCAUGUGGAGGUCAUCAGGAGCCUGAGGUAUGCAAGCGAGGUUGAGGUUCCGGAGCUCUGUCUUUCCAUGGAGGUGGAUGCGUCUCUGGGUGCGUACGUUUGGACCUCCAACAACGAGAUUGGCCUGUCUCGAGAGGAUGUCCGAGCCAUCUGCAACGUCAACGCGAGCAUGAAGGGUGCCGGGCAGACAGGUCACAAGGGAAUCGGCUGGAAGAGUGUCUUCCGCAUCAGCGACUGCCCGCACGUGCU